AUGUCGAAACUCUCAGAGCAGCAAAAAUACCGCUCCGUGGACCCCCGAACCCGGCCUGCCCGUCCGGUCCGGCAACCCGCUGCUCCGCAGGUUCCCAAGGGGGUUGAGGAUAUCCGGCAGACAAAGGAGUACAAGGCUGCAGCGCGCAGAUGGACGGCGACCAUUGUUGGAUUACCCAUUGCGAUGUACACCUCGUGGAUUCUUUAUGAGCGGCUUUAUGGUGGCAAGAGUGCGAAGCGGCUCGGGGAACCAGUAACGAAGGACUAA